AUGUCAGAAAACGCGAGAAACGGUGGAAUUCAGAAAUGUGAAGAAAAUAUCAGCGAAAAAAAGAAAAAAGUCGAGAAAUUUCCAAUACUAAAGCUACCGGAUCUGGUUCGAGAGAUGGUUAUCAGGUUGAUGGACCCUGUUGAGAUCUUCGACUUCUCGCAAACGUCCAAACGGAUGCAUCGAACUGUCAAACGCUCCUGCCGUCAUAAAACCUAUCACCUCCACCUCCAAGCCAGCCUUAUCUAUCAAGCAGCGUUAUAUCCCCCAACAUACCCGGCAAUUCCAGCAGAACCAGCCAGAUUUCGGUUCCAAUCUCUGAAUGGCGAAACGGAGAGAGAUCCCAAAUAUGAUAGACACGUUGGAAAUUUUCAGAAGAUUCAUGCCAAUUUCCAGGAAGAAAAAGGACUCUAUUUCUUCCAUAAAUCCCACUGGGAAAUCACAAAGGAACUGAUAGCGGAGCUCCAAAAUCUGAUGAAUAUCAAAUUUCAACAAGUCAGAAUUUUCCUUGAUGGAAUUGAGAAUCGGGACCAUAAACCUCUUAUAGAGUGGCUGAAUACCUUCCCAAAUGGAAUCAAAUUGUCUUACAUCUACGGAGACUUGGUCUCCAAUGAGAAUAUGGUGGAUUUGAUGCAAAACUAUCAAUGCAGAGAUACUCUGAGAUUCUACGGGCGGCUCAGAGGAUUUCAAAUUGAUCCACUUCCCCUGAAAGCCACUGAUCUGAGAAUUGACUAUACUCAUUGGAUGACUGUGGAAAAUGUGCUUCAGAUGGAUAAUGUGGUGGCGUUUAAGCUGGGAAAUGCUCAGCAUUUCACUGAUGUAGAUUAUAAUGUGAUUCUAAAGGCCAUCAUCUCUGGAGCUCUUCCGAAAAUGGUUUAUGUGCAUUUGGAGCUGAAAAGGAGAUAUGAUAGGGAUGUGAUUUGUCAGGAUAUUCCAUUGAUACAAGAGAAUAGUGAGAGAUUGUUUAGCCGCUACGACAAACCACACCCCGAUAUCGGUGGAUUCCAUUUCAAUCUGGACAACGGAGACCUGGGGUCCAUCUUCUUUUAUAUGAAUGCAAGACCAGGACAGCCAUCGACAGAUAUUGGAAUUAUUGUCUGGAGACCGGAUGCUUGA